UCUUUAAAGGGUCUGUCUAGAGAGUCCAGCAUGGAAAUUGAAAUAACUGAAAACUAUGUCCCAAUUUUGCCUCAAGAUUGCACAAAACCGUUAUGUUUGUAUCAGACAAUUAAGAAGCGGAAGAAGCAUGGAGGAAGAGACUUGUGUGGUGCGGAAAGAAAACGCCGCCGCAGGGCAAAAUUACUUGGAGAGGGUACUUCACAUGAAAAUAAUGAAUGA